GUUUGCCCCUCCAGGCAUGCUCAGUGUUCUGGCCAGGCUUUGACUUUCAGACAGGCAGCAAUCUGCCAACGGAGCAAGUCCCCAGUGCCCAGGCCCCUUUAAAUCGGGCCGGCCGGUUGCCAGGCAACAGUGUGGCCCGAGCUGGCGCUGCACUGCCGAGGCUCUGCCCAGAGCCUGCCGGCCAGGCAGGAUCUUGGUGGCAGGCACCGAAAGAGGGGCUGCCGCCUGCUGGUGGUGGCCGGCUCCGGGGAAGAGGGGACAGGGCUCCCCAGACCGCACCCACACUUACAGGGUGGAAUUUCUUUUUCCAGUUCAAGCUGGAGAAGAACACCAAUAAUCAGUCCUCAGGAAGGGAAUUGGAAGAGGCGCCUAAAGUAAUGGAUGCUCGAAGAAAACACUGGAAGGAGAAUAUGUUUGCGCCUGUUCCAGAAGAGGCUUCCCAGCUUGAAUCUUCUUCUGAACAAAUAGCUGUAGAUAAGACCAAGAGAAUGGAAGGAAUUUAUAAUUUCUCCAGUAGAAAGUUUCAACAAGAAAAUAAAUUUAAGAGGAAAGAAUAUAUUUCCCAACUAAAUCAAGAACCAAAUUUAAGAGAGAGAGGGAUAAACAUGUCAAAGAAUGAAGCGGACAGAAAUUCUGCCUCUUGUGAAUCAUAUAAUUUCUAUGUUGUGAGCAAAGAAAGUUUUAACAGAAGAGGCAAUCCCUCUACCUAGUGCAAAAAGGAAUUAUCAACUACAUUAUGACAAGGUAUGAGGAAGAAAUUGACCAAAGGAAUGGCCCCCAAACUUAACCUGAACCUUUUGAAUAAAGAAGUAGAAGAACUCAAUAUGAAAUGCAGAAAAAUAGAAGAGGAAUACAAAAAUGCUGAAAAAGAACUUUUGAACUUUAAAAGAGAAGUCUCUACAAAAUCCCUAAAUUUUCAGGAAUCGGGGACAGAUACUUUGAAGAAAGACUGGGAACUUCAAGCUUUAAAAAAUGACUUAUCUGAAAAAACAACAGAUGUUAAAAACUUAACUGAAGAGCUCCAACAAGCCAAAGAAGUCAUCCACAAGUUGAACCUAGAAAACCGAGAUUUAAAGCAAGCAGUUAGGAAGCUAAAGCGACAAACUGAACUAGGAAAUGUGCUCCUGAAAGAAGAAAUGAAAUUGUAUUAUGAAUUAGAAAUGGAAAAAAUUCAUGGUGAGCUCGAUGCCAUCAAGAAUGAACUGAGAGCUGAGAAGAUCCUGCAGGCGAGAAAUAACAGAGCCCUGGAGUUGCUUAGGAAACACUUUGCUUUGGUGGUCAGAUCACCAAGUACCUUUGAGCACUUUUCCAGGGAACUUUUUUAAACUUAAAAAAGCCUUUCAUUAGGCAAGUUAUUGAGCCAAACCAAUGUUCAUUGUACUACUUUGUGUAUUACUCAAAAUGUAUGUAAUAGAAUACAAUUUUCACUGAAUCAGAGUGUCUGUAAAACAUAUAGAUGUUAACUUCAAAGCUUCUGUUUCCUCUUUCUAAUGAAGUCAUUGCGAGACUCCAAAUGGAAAUGAAAUCUCAGAAAUCUUUUUAUAUACACACAAAUAUAUUCAGUAUAUAUAUAUGUGUGUAUAUAUAUAUAUGUAUAUAUAUAUAUAUGUAUGUAUAUUUCACUCAAAAACACAUAGUGAUUUGCCAGAACAUUUACAAAUACAAAUCAACAGUCAUUUUGUGAUCUUGUGAGUAAUAUGUUCUUGACCCAUAAAUAUCUUCCCAUCUAUGUUCAUGGUUGUUAACAAUAAAACUCUUGUUUAUGUAUAUAAGCAUAGCAUACGUCUAUGAG